GAAGAUGUGAAUUCUUACGUAUGGGUGUUCGAAAACUUCAAAAAUGCAAUGGUUCAAGAACCAACAUACUUAGUCACCGACCAAGAUCCCUCGAUCGGAAUUGCUUUCUCUAAGGUAUUCACACGUAGUAAGCACCGAUUUUGCAUGUGGCAUAUCAUGAAUAAAUUGUGUGACAAAGUUGGGUAUUCUCUAAAUAAUGACGACGACUUCAAACGGAGGCUUAAUGAGAUUGUUUGGAGUCGGAACAUUGAACCUGACGAGUUUAACUCUAAAUGGGUUGCGAUUAUUCACGAGUUUAAUUUGGACACCCAUAAUUGGUUCAUUGACUUGUUUACUAAGAGAGAGUAUUGGAUACCGGCAUAUUUUAGAGAUAUCAUGAUGAGCGGGCUAAUGAGAACUACGUCUAGGUCGGAGAGUGAGAACAAUUGGUUUAGGAAUUUUACAAAUAUCCAUGCUAGUUUGGUUGAGUUUAUGCUUCACUAUGAUAGUGCGAUGGAUGCACAGAGAAACGUGUCAAUGAAAUUGCAAAGUGACAGUGAAACUCAUGUAGUUGUCCUGAAAACGCCGUUAUCAAUUGAGAGAUAUGCCCUGAGUGUGUACACCACCGAAAUAUUCUAUCGUGUGCAAGAUGAAAUAUGUGAUGCAUGCUUCAAAUGCCGAGUCAUGCAGAUUUCAGAAAAUGAAGGCACAACGACAUUUGUGAUAAGGGACAUUGAUGGGAAAAUGUUUACAGUUAUGCACAAUGUGAGCCUGAACUCGUCAGCAUGCUCGUGCAAACAUUUUAAAAUGUACGGAUGGCUGUGUAGGCAUGUCUUUGUUGUGUUGAAAGACUUGAGCAUGGAUGUUAUACCGCCUGCUCACAUCUUAUCAAGGUGGACGAAACUUGCUAUACGCAAUCCCAUGUUCUGGGUUCUCGAUAGCGUUACAGAACAAUGCGCACAAAUUGAUGAUGUGAAGUUCAUGGUGAACAAGCUUUGGUCAGACAUUCAUGUAUGCAUGGGGAUAGCUGAGUCGAAUAUGGACAAUCUUGUUGAGUUUUCUAAACUCAUUGAGGAGCACAAACAGAAACUAUUGAGCAAUCAAGAGGGUGGUUCAUCAAAAAAGGACCAGGAAAAAAUGUUCGACUCGUUUCUCAAGAAGAGGGUAACUUCAGCACCAGUGUUGACUAUCCCAGAUCCUUCUCGGAGUUUCACUAUCUAUAGCGAUGCUUCGAGGCAGGGCUUGGGAUGUGUCCUAAUGCAGGACGGACGGGUCGUUGCGUAUGCUUCACGUCAACUUAAGCCUCAUGAGCAGAACUAUCCUACGCACGACUUAGAGUUAGCCGCAGUCGUUCACGCCCUGAAGAUCUGGUGUCAUUAUCUUUACGGCGGACGCUGCGAGAUAUUCACUAACCAUAAGAGCCUACAGUACAUCUUCACACAGAAGGAGCUUAAUAUGAUGCAGCGUCGUUGGCUCGAAUUGGUCAAGGAUUUUGAUUGUUCUAUUCAGUACCAUCCGGGGAAGGCGAACGUC